CCAGAAGAGUCGUUCUCCAUUGAGGAGCCGCAGUCCCCAACGCUUUAUUAAGCGCUGGAGGAGCAGGACUCCCCCUGGAAAUUUCCAGAAGAGUCGCUCUCCGCUGAAAAGCCGCAGUCCCCAACGCAUUUUCGAUUCUUCCAGCAGCAGGAUGCCCACCGAAAAUCGCGAGAUGGGUCGUCCUCGGCUGAAGAGCCGUAUUUGCAAUCCCUGGAAAGAGAUCCUGUGCCCGGCUGAUCGCGAGCAGAAUGAAUCGGAGCUGUACCGGAAACGCCACAAGAUCUCCCUGGCCAGCUGCGAUCCGCGACCCGCUCCCAAGCCUGUCCAGAAUUUCCAGCGCAGCGGAUUCGGCGAGAACAUAAUCCGGCGUCUGGAGCUCCGUGGCUUCGAGUCGCCCACACCCAUCCAGGCCCAAAGUUGGCCGGUGGCCCAGUCGGGCAGCAACAUGGUGAUGGUCUCCGGCACCGGAACAGGCAAGACCUUGGGCUACCUGCUGCCGGGCAUCAUGAAAGUCCAACAGAAGCAUCUAUCGCAACGCCGCAAUGAUGGUCCGAUUGUCCUGGUUCUGGUGGACUGUCGGGAGGCAGCGAUUUUAGUCCACAAGGAGGCACAGUCCUUCACGAAUCAGCACGAGCUACGGAGCCAGUGCAUCUCGGGCAGCGUCUGGUGGAAUGCCGCCACCGACUGUGAACUGUUGGUGGCCACGGCCGGUCGCCUGCUGGAAAUAUUGUCCGGCGAUGGCCAGGAAAUGGUCCUGGGUCGUUGCUCCUAUGUGGUUCUCGACGACAUAGACCGAAUGAUUGAUGUCGGCUUGGAGGGCCAGCUGUGCCGCCUGCUCUGCCUGAUGCGUCCACAGGCCCAGUUCGUCAUCGCUUCGUCAUCGUGGACGCGCAAUCUUCAGCGGAUGGCCCGCAAGUACAUGGGCAACUACACCCUGAUCCGUGUGGGUGGUCCCAUCGAUUCCAGCCAGGGACUCCAGAGCCUCCGCCAGCGGGUGGUGAUGCUCAAUUCGAGCCGCAAGACGCAUCAGCUCAAGGAGGAGCUAACGAACAUUUAUGAUUUGAGCGACACGCCCGGCAAGGUGGUGGUCUAUGCCGAACGCCAGCGGUGCGUCGACGAGCUGGUGGCCUUCAUCCGUGUGUUUGUGCCCUGCGCCGGCCUCCAUGGCGGACGCACUGUCGCCGAACGGGAUGCCAUCAUCCGUGCCUUUCGCACCGGCCGCUACAACAUCAUCGUGGUCACCGACAUGACCCAGCGGGGACUGGACGUGCCGGGCAUCAAGUAUGUGAUCAACUACGACUUCCCCAACUCCAUCGAGGGCUAUGUCCAACGUCUGACCAGAACGGGCUGCCUCUCGGUAUCGCAGGGCUGCGAGGUCAUCAGCUUCUUCACCAGAACCAACUUCAAACUCGCCAACGCUCUGGUCGCCUUUCUCGAGGAGCACAAGCAGAAGAUUGAGCCGCGUCUCCAUCAGAUGGCCAAGGAUAGAAUUCGUCGCAUCCAGAAUCGACGCCCGGAACGUCCUCGUCGCGGCAAUCAUGGCAAUCGCCAUCAGUAAGAGCCAGCCAAGCCAAGUCAAUC